AUGAACGUCCAACUGCAUCCCAUGGAUCAUAUGCAGGGAUACACAAUGCCUAAUUACUCUUGUAUGUUGAAUUUUGAGAAGAACUUUGUUUAUGCGGAGAGUCAAGCGUUGAUGAAAGACCAUUUCCUAAACUGUUUCUACUACUGUGCCAUUUACAUCUUGCUAAUUUUUGGAGGACGUCGUUAUAUGUCAAACAGACCAAAAUUUGAAUUAAGAGGCCUGCUUGUUUCAUGGAACAUAGCCCUUGCACUACUAUCUAUUUUUGCUUUUAGUAGAUUUUCCCCAGAAUUUCUCUAUGUAUUGAAGCAUCAUGGGUUCUACCACAGCGUUUGCUUACCUAGACAUCUCACACACAAUCCCGUAAGUGGAGUUUGGGCGUGGAUAUUUACCAUCAUGAAAUUACUAGAAUUUGGCGACACUGCUUUCAUCGUGUUACGGAAGCAACCAUUGAUUUUGCUACAUUGGUACCAUCAUGUGACAGUUCUUCUUUAUACAUGGUUCUCGUUUGUAGAAACCGCAGGAUCCAGUAUGUGGUUUGGCAUGAUAAAUGCCUUUAUACAUUCCUGCAUGUAUUCGUAUUAUGCUUUAAAAGCAAUGCGAUUCAAACCACCAAAAUGGACCGCUAUGACGCUGACUAUGCUACAGAUAACUCAAAUGUUUUGGGGUAUAUUUAUAACCAUUUCAACAUAUUACUAUGCACAAAUUGCUCAAAUUCCAUGCAACGUUACAACUUUAAACCUCAAACUUUCUGCGUUGAUGUACCUCAGUUACCUUAUUUUAUUUGCCAAGUUUUUCAAAGAGUCUUAUCUAUCUAAACAGAAAUGUAAACAAAGUCGAAAAGAAAAAUAAAAUUAAAACUGAUUGAAAUUUGGUAUUAAGUAAAAUGAUACCCAUUGUCAAUCUAAAUAUUAAUUAUUACAACCAGUGUACAUGAUAAACUAUUAUCUUUGUUUUUUUUUUUUCUAAAAGAG